AGUGUCACACCCACGUGAGAAAGCUAAAGCUAAAACCCCCCUUAUUGUUCCCACAUUUAUAAUUUGGGAAUUCCUCAUUUCCAAUAUUCUUUCGGUAAUUGUCAUUUCAAUCACACUGCUCUACUCUCUGUAUAUAUAACUGCCUUCUUGCCCCCUCUUUCUUCUACUUAAGCUGGUCACAAUUUACUUGCUCCUCCACGCUAAAAUCCUGAAAGCCUUCAGUUAUUUAGAAGAAUUUUAGCCAAAGUAUGGGUUCCCAGGAAAGAAUAAAGACAGUGAAAAGUUUGCAGAGAAGCUACUUUGAUGUGCUGGGUCUAUGCUGUUCUUCAGAGGUGCCUUUGAUUGAGAACAUCCUCAAGCCUCUUGAAGGUGUCAAGGAGGUGUCGGUGAUUGUCACCACAAGAACAGUUAUUGUUGUUCAUGACAACCUCCUCAUUUCUCAGAUUCAAAUAGUUAAGGCUUUAAAUCAAGCAAGGCUAGAGGCAAACGUUAGAGUAUAUGGGGAGGAGAAUUACAAGAAAAAAUGGCCAAGCCCAUUUGCAAUUGCUUGUGGAUUAUUGCUUUCACUAUCAUUUUUGAAAUAUGUGUAUCAUCCGCUGCAAUGGUUGGCUGUUGGAGCAGUUGCUAUUGGUAUCAUUCCAAUUACUCUGAAAGUAAUGGUGUCUAUUCGGAAUCUUAGGAUUGAUAUCAACAUUCUUAUGAUGAUUGCAGUGAUAGGGACACUUGCUAUGAAUGAUUAUUUGGAAGCUGGCACUAUUGUCUUCUUGUUCAUCAUUGCAGAAUGGCUUGAGUCAAGGGCAGGCCACAAGGCACAUGCAGUGAUGUCCUCGUUGAUGAAUAUGGCCCCUCAGAAAGCUGUCAUGGCUGAAACUGGAGAAGUUGUGGACGCUGAUGAGGUGAAAUUGAAUGCUGUUCUAGCCAUUAAGGCUGGUGAAGUAAUACCCAUUGAUGGAGUUGUAGUGGAAGGCCAAUGUGAAGUUGAUGAAAAAGCUCUAACUGGAGAGUCAUUCCCUGUUGCCAAAGAAAAGGACUCAACUGUUUGGGCUGGUACCAUCAAUUUAAAUGGGUAUGUUUGUGUAAAAACCACUGCUCUAGCUGAAGACUGUGUUGUGGCUAAAAUGGCAAAGCUUGUAGAAGAGGCUCAAAAAAGCAAAACCGCAACUCAGAGACUAAUUGACAAAUGUGCCAAGUUUUAUACCCCAGCUGUUCUAAUCAUAUCAGCUGGUUUUGCGGUGAUACCACUUGCGUUGAAAGUACAUAAUCUCAACCAUUGGUUUCACUUAGCAUUGGUUGUUCUGGUAAGUGCAUGCCCUUGUGCACUUAUCCUGUCUACACCUGUUGCAACUUUCUGUGCGCUUACAAAGGCAGCCACAUCUGGUCUUCUAAUCAAAGGGGGUGACUAUCUUGAAACUCUUGCCAAAAUAAAGGUAGCAGCAUUUGACAAAACUGGGACAAUAACAAAAGGUGAAUUUGUAGUGACUGAUUUUCGUUCCCUCCGUGAUGAUAUUAGCUUGAACACAUUGAUUUACUGGGUUUCCAGCAUUGAGAGCAAGUCAAGUCAUCCAAUGGCUGCUGCACUGGUGGACCAUGCUAGGUCACUUAAGAUUGAGCCAAAGCCUGAAAAUGUGGGGGAAUUCCAAAAUUUUCCUGGAGAAGGGAUUCAUGGCAACAUUGAUGGUCAUGAUAUUUACAUUGGAAACAGAAAAAUUGCUUUGAGAGCUGGGUGCAGAACAGUUCCUGCCUUAGAGGGUGAUAAGUUGGAAGGAAAGACCAUUGGUUACAUAUACUGUGGAGCAACCCCAGCUGGAAUUUUCAGUCUCUCUGAUGCUUGUCGAAUUGGGGUUCUAGAUGCAAUCAGGGAGCUGAAGUUAAUGGGUAUAGAAACUGCUAUGCUUACCGGAGACAGUCAUGCAGCAGCAACUCAUGCACAAGAACAGCUGGAUCAUGCACUAGAGAUAGUUCGUGCAGAACUUCUGCCCGAAGACAAGGCAAGAACCAUCGGAGAAUUUAAAAAGAAAGGACCAACAGCCAUGAUUGGAGAUGGUGUAAAUGACGCCCCUGCAUUGGCCACGGCUGAUAUUGGUAUCUCAAUGGGCAUUUCGGGCUCAGCUCUGGCAACCGAAACUGGACAAGUGAUUCUUAUGUCAAAUGACCUUAGAAAGAUACCAGAAGCCAUCCAAUUGGCAAAAAAGGCUCACAGGAAAGUCAUUGUGAACAUUUUAUUGUCAAUCACUACUAAGUCCGCUAUCCUUGCUUUGGCCUUUGCUGGUCAUCCGCUCGUUUGGGCAGCAGUUCUUGCUGAUGUUGGCACAUGUUUGCUAGUCAUUCUUAACAGCAUGCUGCUUCUGCGAGGUACCCAAAAACAUAGGGGAACUUGCAACAAAUCUUCUACUGCAAAGCAUACACAUAAAAAUGGAUGCAAUGCCACUCAUAGUAGCUCCUCUCAUCACCAUCAUUCACAAGAGAAACAUCACAAUUGCUGCUCUGACAACAAAGCUCAAAUAGUGUCUCAACCCCAGAAGUGUUCUUCUAUGGAAUGUGCUGCAAAGUGUAAGUCUAUCCGUUUGAAUUCAAACUCAUGUGGGACCAACAAUUGCAUGGAUUCAGCUGCGAGCCAUGAUAAAUGUGUAAGCAGUGAACAUCACGAGGCAAAUCAUUGUCUGGAGUUGCAUGAAGGGCAAAACGAAUGUCGUUCAGUCCCUCAAAACUUGGGCUCUUGUACAAAAGAAGAAUGUAAAAAUUUGAUAGAAAGUCAAGGUGAUUGUGUAAAAGGAGAUCGUUUCCAUGUGGCCCAACACUGCAACCAUUCUACUCCUUCAGAAGGAAGACAAAACAUUACAAAUGAUGGUCACUGCCACUCAAACCAUAGUAGAAAGAACCAUACUGACAAUGAAGCAUCAGGAAAAACGGUAGUGUCAUGUUGCCACCAUCCGCAACAAAUGCAGGAGAUUCAUCAUGAAUUGCAUGAGUGUUGUAAAAAUCACAAUGCACCACUUCAAACCACAGUUGAUAUUGACUAUGUGGAAUCAACAUCUACGAAUGCUAUGGAAAAGAGAGAGACGGAUGACUGUUGCAAAGGCCAUAGGAAGCAUCUGGAAAGACAAAACAUUCCAAAUGAUGGUCACUGCCACUCAAACCAUUGUGGAAAGAAUCAUACUGACAAUGGAGCAUCAGGAAAGAUGGCAGUGUCAAGUUGCCACCAUCAGCAACCAGAGAUUCAUCCUAACUUGCACGAGUGUUGUAAAGAUAAAAAUGCACCACUUCACACCACUAUUGGUGGGUGUUGCAAGAGCUACAUGGAGGAAUGUUGUGGCAAGCAUGGACAUAUUGCAGCCAACUUUGGAGGAGGCUUAUCAGAAAUUGUUACGGAAUCUUAGAAUAAGGCUAAAUACUUAGAUUGCUACAUGCUUUUUUCUUCUGCAAUAUUAUAGGUUGAUGAAAAGGGCAUUGGCAUUUGUAAGAACCUCAAUUAACGAAUGAAAUGAAAAGGUUUAUAUUAUUACAA